GGGCUGCCAUAGUGUUCCCCGGUUCCAGAGAGAUCACCUGGGAUGAUCAAAGCAUUGAUCACGCUACUGCUGGCAGCUCUUGUAGCUGCAGAGCAGAAACGCUCCGCUGAUCCAGAGCCAAGUUUUGCCAAUGGAAUUGGAGGCCUGGGCUAUGGACCGGGUCUUGGAGGCGGAUUAGGCUAUGGCUUAGAUGGAGGACUUGGCCACGGAGGUCUUGGAGGCGGAGGACUAGGCCAUUAUGGUGGUCUUGGAGCUGGAAGACUAGGGUAUGGUGGCCUUGGACUUGGAGGACUAGGUCAAGGCGGUCUUGGACUUGGAGGACUAGGUCAUGGUGGUCUUGGACUUGGAGGACUAGGUCAUGGUGGAUUUGGACUUGGAGGUCUCGGCUUAGGCCUAAACGGAGGAUAUGGCGGUGGGUACGGAGGUUAUGGAGGUCUCUUGAGUGCUGGAAACUAUGCUAAUGGAUACAGCCAUUCCAGCGGAUACAAUCAUGGGAACCAUAUUGUCAAAGCUUUUGACGGGAAAGGAGGUGUUGUUAAUGCUCAUCACAACAUAGGCAGGCGAAGUGCAGAUCCUGAACCUGGAAUCGGCCUUGGUGUUGGAGAAUUUAGCUAUGGUCCUGGAACAGAACUCUACUGAGGUCAUGGAAACCUUGAACUAGAGGACUUGGAUAUGGCUUAGAUCUUAACGGAGGAUUUGGAGGCAGAUAUGGAGGCUGAGGUCGUCUUUUGGAUGUUGGUAGCUACGCCAGUGGAUACAGUCAUUCGUCAGGAUAUAAUCUCGAAUAUUACAAAGUCCAAGGAUAAGGUAUUGGCGGUCUCUCAAUUGCUCAAGCUAUCAUCUGACGUAACCUUUAUCUAAACCGUUAUUCCUAAAA